AUGUCCCUUCCCGCCGUGAGACGGUUGACCCACACGUCUCCCCGCACUUGGGCCCGCAUCCCCAUCUCCAGAUUCCCGCCCGCUUUCGCUUCUUCUUCUCCCAUCUCCGCCAUCACUGCUGCCUCUCGUGUUACCCGUGCUCCUCGCUUUUCCACCAUGGCUGCCCGUCAAUCUGCCGCUCCCCCGGCUUCGUCGGCCGACAAGCCCUACGAUCCUGAGAUUCAGGACAUGGCCAGCUAUAUCCAUCAGUAUAAGGUGGAUUCCGACCUAGCGUUUGACACCGCUCGCCUGGUCUUCCUGGACACGCUGGGCUGCGGUCUGGAGGCCCUGAAGUUCAAGGAAUGCGCGAAGCUACUCGGCCCGGUGGUCGAGGGCACCGUGGUGCCGAACGGCCCCCGUGUGCCUGGCACACCGUAUCAGCUAGACCCCAUCAAUGGUGCCUUCAACAUCGGCACCAUGAUCCGCUGGCUCGACUACAACGACUGCUGGCUCGCCGCCGAGUGGGGCCAUCCCUCCGACAACCUGGGUGGUAUCCUCGCGGUCGCCGAUUGGAUCUCCCGCACCAACCGCGCGGGGGGCAACUUGGGCAACGGUAAGAUCCUCAAGAUCCGUGAUGUGCUUGAGGCGAUGAUCCAGGCCCACGAGAUCCAGGGUGUCCUGGCUCUGGAGAACUCUUUCAAUAAGGUCGGCUUGGACCACGUCGUUUUGGUCAAGGUCGCGACCACCGCCGUUGUCUCUAAGAUGAUGGGUCUUACCGAGAAGCAGACGGCCGAUGCUAUCACCCAGGCUUGGGUGGAUGGCUCGUCUCUUCGUACGUACCGCCACUCGCCCAACACCAUGUCCCGCAAGUCGUGGGCUGCCGGUGAUGCCUGCCAGCGUGCGGUCAACCUGGUCCUGAAGGUCCAGAAGGGUGAGGGUGGUCUGCACACCGUGCUCUCCGCUCCCGUCUGGGGAUUCUACGAUACCAUGUUCAAGGGCAAGAAAUUCCAGUUCCAGCGCCCCUACGGCAGCUACGUGAUGGAGAAUGUUCUCUUCAAGGUCUCCUAUCCUGCCGAGUUCCACUCUCAGACCGCCAUUGAGGCCGCUGAGAUCGUCAACAAGAAGCUCGCUGCCAUGGGCAAGAGCGCCAAGGACAUCAAGGAGAUCACCAACCGCACCCACGAGGCCUGCAUCCGUAUCAUUGACAAGCAGUUCAAGGAGAUGGAUAACUUCGCUGACCGUGACCACUGUGUCCAGUACAUGGUUGCCACCAUGCUCGCCUUCAACCGCCUGACCGCCAACGACUACGCCGACGGCUCUGAGGCCGCCACCUCUCCUCUGGUCGAGGACCUCCGCAAGCGCAUCCGCUGCGUCGAGGACGAGCAGUUUACCGCGGACUACCACGACCCGUCCAAGCGUACCAUCCCCAACGCCCUGACCGUCACUCUCCAUGAUGGCACUGUUCUCGAGGAGGUCGUCGUCGAGGCUCCUCUGGGCCAUCGCCUGCGCCGUGAGGAGGCAAAGCCCGAGAUCCUGGCCAAGUAUAAGCGCCACCUCCAAGCGCACUUCGACCAGGCUCGUAUUGACGAGCUGCUGAAGGUGGGCUGGGACCGCCAGCAGCUGGAGAACUACGAUGUCGACCAGUACGUCGACCUCUAUGUCAAGGACAAGAUGGUUGCCGCGGCAUAA